UUCCCGAUUACACCCGAACAAUUCACCUUCGGCCAACUUCGGGAUUUGUUUUAUUUUUUGCGCAGGAAAAAAUGAAUUCAAAUAUUAAAAGUGGUCGGUUAUAGGUUAGCUACAUUAAAACACUUUAAAACACCACAGACGGUUAGUUAGGUCAGUAUAGCUACAUUGAAAUAAACAGAGAAAUAUAAAUAUGUAUAUAAAUAAACCGGAGGUUGGCCGAAGUUGAAUUGUUCGGGUGUAAUCGGGAAUGGCGGAACUUUAUGUACAUCUUGAGGCUUCCCGGUCGAGGACCGGUUGGCAGAUAUAAAAAAAAGAGACGAGAGCGUGAUGGUGAGAGAGUGUGGAGACGGGGGUGGGGGAAGGACAAGCAGGGAAGAAGUGGCUCAGGCCCGUACGUCGGGACGUCGGAGCGGCAUUCGGCCGUCAGGUUCCCGCGAGGCGCGCACAGAGGGCGCUGUUGCGCAACGGACGACCUCGGACUGUGACGUCUCGCGGGCAGUCAGUCGACCCGGGGGAGGUCCCGCCCGCACGAGCCACAGGUAGGCGAGCCUGUGUCUCGACAUGGACCCUAUCAAGAUGGACGUGUCCACGCAAGAAGCCAUGAAGUGGCCCCAGUACUUGGCGGGUCUUCUGGCGAGCCUGCCGAUGCUGUGCACCGGCAGCGUCACCAGCUGGACCUCCCCCGCCCUCGCCCACCUGCAGAGGCCCGGCAACGGCACGGAGGGGCUGAGCGCCCACGAGGCCUCCUGGGUGGGCUCCAUGAUGCCCCUGGGCGCCAUAGUGGGCGCGGUGCCCGCCGGCUUUCUCGCAGACCUGCUGGGCAGGCGGCUGCUGCUGCUGCUGCUGGCCGUCCCCUUCCUGCUGGGCUGGGUGCUCGUCAUCGUGGCCGGCUACAGCGUUCCUCUACUGUACACGGCCCGUUUCAUUUCGGGAUUCGCAGUUGGCGCCACGACCGUCGCCAUCCCGCUCUACAACGAGGAGAUCUCCGAAGUGAAGAUCCGGGGGAUGCUGGGCUGCUACCUGGACUUCAUGAUCACGGCGGGAUUCCUCUGGUGCUACGUCAUCAACGCCUUCGUGGACUACUUCUGGCUGACCGUCCUGUGCGCCGUGCAGCCGGCCGUGUUCUUCCUGAGCUUCGCGUGGAUGCCCGAGUCGCCGGUCCACCUGCUGGCCAAGGGGCGGGACGACCAGGCCGAGGAGGCGCUGCGGUUCUUCCGGGGGGCCAAGCACGUGGCCGGCUACGACACGCGGCCCGAGAUGCAGUGCAUGAGGGAGUUCCUCAAGGAGGGCAGGACGGACGAAGCAGGGGUCGAGUCCGGCAGCUCCAGGAUGGGGUACAUCUGGGAGUGCCUUUUCCGGCGCGGUCCCGUGUCCACCACCGCCAAGGCCAUGCGGAUCAUCUUCGGCCUGGUGAUCGUGGCCCAGACGACGGGCAUCCAAGGCGUCAUCUACAACACCGUCGACAUCUUCGAGAGGGGCGAGGGCUCCCUGUCCCCGUACCUGUGCAACACGCUGAUAGCCGUCAUACAGUUCGUGCUGUCGCUGGUCACGCUGAUGCUGGUGGACAGGGUCGGCAGAAAGCUGUUCCUCUACCUCUCGGGAGCCGGCAUGUCCAUUUCCAUCGCGCUGCUGGCCCUGCACUUCUACUUGAAAAACAUCGACGGCUUGUACGUGGAAAAUUUCGGCUGGGUCCCGUGCAUUUCGGUGACCCUUUUCAUCUCGACGUACGCUUCAGGGUUCGGCCCGCUGCCCUGGCUCAUCAUGUCCGAGAUCGUGCCCACCGAGUCCAAGGCAUGGGUCGGCUCAAUCUGCGUGUUCUUGAGUUGGUCACUGCAAUUCAUCGUUACAAAAUUACACAUUAUAAUGAUAACUGAACUUGGAGAUGAUGUUACAUACGGACUUUUCUGUGUGUUGUGUGUGUUGAGCACGGUGUAUGUGGCGGUGUGGUUGCCCGAGACUAAGAACAAGACUCGUGCAGAGAUUCAGACGAAACUGAAAGGAAAUCAGGAAAUGACAAAACUUUGAUUAAAUCGAAAAUAUGCGCUUGGACUUUAUGUAUGCAAAUCCAUGCUAUAGAAAAAGUGAAAAUAAUAAUAAUGAUACAGCACAAUUCUUUUUCUCAGAGACUAAAGUGCAGCAUAAAUGACUAUAACAAACUGCUGAAUAAACAACCCAUGCCUUUAAGGGAAGCAAAAUGGUUCUGGGUCAGGGUGUGACGGUGAUGGAUCGACGAAGAAGAGGGUUGAGUUCAAAACCGUUACAAGUAUUGUCUCGCCAUCCUUAAAUUUUUUAGGAAGUAUGUCUUCAAAUGUCGGUGACCAUUUUGGACUCUCAAGACGGUAACAAGAUGUCUCUAGGACUAAAACUUCUUCAAGAAUUUAAUAUGGCCGCCGACAACAGAGAAUGAAACACCACUUGCGAUGGUUUAACACUCAACCAUCUCCAUCAAUCCCACACAGCUGAUGCCACUCUGAUCCCCCCCCCCCCCCCCUUUUCCCAAACCCGCAUCGGUACCAGACCCAUCUCUCUUUCUCCAGACGUAUGUAAUAAUCUUUUUGUAAAAAAAAACAUUAAAUAAAUGUUAUAAAA